AUCUACAAUAUGCAAUCCAAAUCAGCCUUAGAUUAUGAAGGAAGGGUGUUUAGAUGCUUUGCCGUUUAUGAUUGUAAUAAACAAUAAGUGUUAAUUUCUAUUAAACGUCACUGUGGCAACCUAUUUACAGAAACCAUACUGAAAGUCAAAGAAUAUGUUAAAUAAAAUCUCUACGAUUCCCAACGCAAUUAAGUAAACAUUGCUGGUGGAUCGAGAUGUGAGUGGCAUGGAAUAUUAGACGAAAAGACAAGUUUACAAUUUCUCAUAUAAGUUAAGACUGUUAUUUUUUAAUGAUGACUUUCCCUGGAUCACAUCAAAGUGCCAUCCUGCAAUCCUUACUAGAAUUAUAACAAAUCAUCCUCUAUGUACCCAACUACUAGAAUGUAUAAAUAUAUAUAUUACUAAUCUUAGUUGAAUGAAUCAAAUUUUCCACCAACAAAAAGAAAUGAUCUCCUGGCUAAGUUAGAUGAACUUGAAUAAAAAUAUGUGAAAGACAUCGGACCAGAAGGACAACCUGACGAAUCUGAAAGGGGAAUCCAAUAAGAGUAGAAGACAGCUAGCAAUUAGUUCCUCGUAAGCACUCCUUAGUACUUUUUAUUAUUAAAAUCCUUAGAAUUAAUUCAAUUAGACAGCCUGCUUAAUAAUCCAAGAUUUAAGAGUAAUAUAGAAAAUACUCUGUCUACAGAUGCUUUAUGAUCUACAAUGUAGUUGGCAACAAAACCCUUUUCUGUUUAAAAAGAGGAACCUCAAAAUCCUUUGAUGAUACGAAAGGAUCGAUUAUAAAUUAAAUAAAGAAACAACUGUAUGAAACCACCAAAUUUGAAGUAUUUGCUUAAGGAAAUUAAAGAUGCGAAUGGCAUGGAAUAUUAGAUGAAAAAAAAUGUAAAAUGUAAUUAAUAUUCAAAGCAUGCUACUUUCUGAUGAUGACUUUUCCAUCAACAACUAAGAAGAAUGUAAUAGAGGCUUUGGAAGAUUUGAAAAAGACCUUUAUUCAAAUUCCGAAUUAUGACGCCAUUCAACCAAAUGACCUGGAGAGAAGAGUCAAAUUAGAUGUGUAAAAGCAAAUUGAUAACCUUGAGAUUAAAUACUUCAACUUAAAUGGUAACGAAGGAGUGGCUAGUGAUAAUGAGUAAUCUGAAAUCAGGAGAGACUUCAUAACAUCCAAUCAAAUCGCAUAAACAUAAACAUCUAAAUUGAACCCUCCAAGUGCGAUUAAAGAAAGUGAUAGCUACAAUCCACCAGAAAUACAAGAGAGUGGUAAGAACUUAUAUGACACACUUGAAAUCAAUGCAAAAAGAGAACUAGAAGAAUUAGCAAAAUUUAAACCAAUGCUCUAGGAUGCACAAACAUAUAUUUUUGUUGGAAUAGGAAUCACGUUUACUCUGUUCCUUUCAUUGAUUAUAAUCAUAGCUUGA